AUGGCUUAUGUGACAACAGUUAAUUACUCUAUCUUAUUAAAUAGAGAAUCAGCAGAGCCUUUUAAUGCAGCUAAGGGCUUGAAGCAAGGGGACCCAAUGUCACCAUUCUUAUUUGCUAUUGCUAUGGAAGGAGACCUAGAAUCAAUGCAAAGGCUCCACCACUAUUUCUGGACAUUCUCAUCUGCAUCAAGAUUACAUGCUAAUUUGUCAAAAAGUGCAGUCUAUUGUGGGGGCAUAGAUCCUAGGCAAAAGGCAGCUAUCAUUCAAGCUCUUGGUUACACAGAGGGGCAAUUACCCUUUAAGUACUUAGGGGUUCCACUGGAUACUAAAAAGCUAUCCAUUCUUCAGUGGCCGCCCCUCAUUACAAAAAUGUUGUUUACACUUCCAGUUAAGGUUGUCAAAUUAAUUGAGGCUUACUGCAGAAGUUACUUAUGGUCUGGUGGAAAUGUGCUUACCAAAAAAUCAUUGCUUUCUUGGGAAAAGGUGUGGAAUAAUGUUGCAAUUGCCAAGACCUACUGGGAUCUAACUCAUAAGCAAGAUAAAUUGUGGAUCAAAUGGAUCCAUGCUUAUUAUGUUAAGCAGCAAAGGAUUGAUGAUAUGAGUAUCCCUCAUGGUGCAAGUUGGAUGAUCAGGAAGAUUUUUGAAGCUAAAUAG